CGACAGAUCGAUAGGGGAGCCAGCGCCACUCGCGACUCGAUCUCUGAAGUGAUCGCACGCUUCGCAGACCGCUUCGCCGCUUCUCAGUAUACUUCGACGCUCUAAGUCUAAGGGAUCAGUUAUGGAGUAUAAUCGUUGGUGGCUGAUGAUGGUGGCCCUGGUGGUGGUAUCGGUCUCGAUGUCCCUGGCCGAGCCUCGGUCCGACCAUGAGCUCGUGCGCACCGAACGUGGCGCUAAAAAUAAAGAGACCUGCCGCUACGUACGCGGCACGUGGUCCGAAUGUGACCCCAAGACGAACGUGCGUUCACGCACUCUUACUCUCAAAAAAGGAGACCCUGUCAACUGUGAACGUGCUAAAACCAUACAGAAAAAGUGUAAAAAAGCCUGUCGUUACGAAAAGUCAUCAUGGAGUGAGUGUAGCCCCAAUGGCGAAAUGUCUCGGACGGAUAUGCUGAAGAAUAACAGUGACCCAACCUGUGACACCAGCAGACGCGUCACAAAGAAAUGCAACAAGAAUAAGCAGCUCAAGUCCACCAAGGACAAGGGUCGCCGAAAUCGUCAGUAAUUUUUCAAGACAUUCACUUUAGUAAAAUAAAAUUAACCUCGUUAAUUCGAUGGUGUUUGUUCGAUGGCUCUAAUUUAUGUCAUAGUGCCAAAUAGUAUCAAUGGUUGUCUUUCUUUCUAAUUUGCAUUAUAUUUAAUAGACGUAAUUUAGCUACAACGUUACAGUACAAUCUAUCUUUAAAUUUUCUUCUUUUAAAUAUGUACUAGCCACAAUUUCAUUUUAUUACUAUCUGUAAGUUGGAUAUUUGAUAUUAAUAAAGGAGUACUUAAAA